AAUACAAACAGAAGAGAUGUCUUAAGUAAAAUUGUGAGGUUUAUUUAAUUUGAUGCCCAUGUGGCAGUGAUGGGCGUUUCAUGCUUUUGGUGUAUCCUCUUUAGCCGAUGAACGAACGGCGGACGGACAUCCAUGAGCUACCACUGUUACAACAUGAAGUCGGAGGCAAGGUUUCCUUGUCACCUCUUUAAUUGCUACUGCUCACACUGAUUGAUUUCUAAGAGCACGACGCCAUGGCAGAACCUCGAGAUCUGCUUCCAGCUGAUCAUGACAGUGGUCUGCCAGCGAAAAGCGAAGAACAGAAGUUUCCAGAAAACCCACAGGGCGUCGUCGACAGGGCAUCAUCGUCUUCCUCGUCCAGCUUCAGACGAUACAUAUGGUGGCUACAAAUGAUCAUCUACACUAUCUUUCUCCUGUCGGGACAAGCCGUCGGCACGCUUCUGGGCAGGCUCUACUUCGACAAUGGCGGAAAGAGUCAAUGGAUGGCGACGCUGGUCCAGCUCGUCGGAUUCCCCAUUCUCGUCCCCUUCCGCUGGCUCAAAACUCCCGAUCAUUACAGCAGCAGCAGCAAUCCUCCACCACAAUUCAUUACAAUUACGAACGAUCGACGACAAUUCCCCCAAAUUCUUGCAGCCAUUUAUCUCUUCCUCGGAAUAUUCGCCGCCGGCGGCUGUAUGCUGUACUCCAUCGGACUUCAGCACCUCACGGUGACGACGUACACGCUGAUCUGCAGCAGUCAGCUAGGGUUCAACGCGCUGUUUUCUUACGUCAUCAACGGUCAGAAGCUGACGCCAUACAUCGUCAAUUCCCUCGUCCUCCUCACCGUCUCGUCGGUGCUGCUCGUCUUCGACCCCGACGACGCCGGGGGGAGCCCGAAAAAGAAGAGCAAGUUCGUGCUGGGGUUCAUCUCCACCGUCGGCGCGUCGGCCGGCUACGCGCUCAUGCUGUCGGUGACGCAGCUGGCCUUCCACCGGAUAAUCAAGAAGGAGACGGCGGCGGCGCUGGUGGACAUGGCGGUGUACCAGAGCCUGGUGGCGUCGGUGGUCAUUGUGGUCGGGAUUUUCGCGAGCGGGGAUUGGAGGAAGGUGCACGGCGAGAUGACGGCGUACAAGGCGGGAACGACGUCGUAUGUGAUGAACCUGGUCUGGACGGCGGUGUCGUGGCAGGUCUUCACGGUGGGCUGCGUCGGGCUGAUCUUUAGGGUUUCGGCGCUGUUCUCGAACGUGAUCGGCGUGGUCGGGACGCCGCUGGCGCCGGUGCUUGCGGCGGUGUUUCUCGGGGAGAAGAUGACGGGGCUGAAGGGGGUUGCCAUGGUGGUGGCGAUGUGGGGAUUGGCGUCGUAUAUGUAUCAGCAUUACAUCGACGAUUUGGAGAAGAAGAAGAUGAAGAAGAAGAAGAAAGGAUGUAGUGGCGAGGGUGAACAAGUUUCUGAAAUUUGUCUUGUAGCCGACGAUCAAAGAGGGUAGCCAUGGCCGGAUCGGAGAAUAUGUGCUAGCUUCAUCAUCAUUAAUUUAUUUUGCCAUCGCUAUUACUAAUAAGGUAAUCUAAAUAUUAAAAAAAAUUAAUGUAAAUUAUAACUUAAUUACUAUCUGUUAUAAUUCGAUUCCAUAAAAAACUUAUUUUUGAAUUUUCUCAAAGAAAAAAAAAACUGGUACCAGUGGAAUUCAUAUCAA